CUCUGAGCUCAUUAUUAUGAUCUGUGUGCCUCACGCCGGUGUGACGAGCUCGGCUUGGUUUCCGCUUCCGGUGACGUGUUUGAGCAAGAUGGCGGCGCGCGGAGUGAAACGUGCAGCGGAGAGACAGACGCAGACCAAAGCAAAGCGCGCCAAAUUAAACAGGAAACAAAGACUAAGAGCCGAGAACGACAAUAAUAACAGCGAUAACCAUGAGGAGGAGGAGAAGAGGAGCGCGGAGGAGGAGAAGAGGAACAUCAUCAGCGUCCCGCCGCCCGUCAGCGCUGGUAAAUGGACCAAUAAGGAGCGAGUGCUGGUGUUUUCCUCUCGAGGGAUCAGCUUCAGGACGAGACACCUGAUGCAGGACCUGAAGACCCUGAUGCCACACAGCAGAGCCGACACAAAGAUGGACAGAAAAGACAAGCUCUUCGUGGUGAACGAGGUCUGUGAAAUCAAGAACUGCAACAAGUGCAUCUUCUUUGAGGCCAAGAAAAAGCAGGACCUUUACAUGUGGAUCUCUAAUGUUCCUCACGGACCGUCGGUGAAGUUUCUCGUUCAAAACGUUCACACUCUGGCGGAGCUGAAGAUGACCGGGAACUGCCUGAAGGGCUCCAGACCACUGCUGUCCUUCGACCCGGCGUUUGACUCGGAGCCGCAGUACGCACUGCUGAAGGAGCUCUUCACUCAGGUCUUCUCCACCCCGCUGCACCACCCUAAGAGUCAGCCGUUCGUGGAUCAUGUCAUCAGCUUCAGCAUUGCAGACCACAGGAUCUGGUUCCGGAACUAUCAGAUCGUGGAGGAGGACGCCUCGCUGGUGGAGAUCGGCCCGCGCUUCGUCCUCAACCCCAUACGCAUCUUCCAGGGCAGCUUCGGCGGACCCACGCUCUACGAGAACCCACACUUCCAGUCACCCAACGCGCACCGGCGCAUGCUCCGACUGGCUGCAGCCGCGCGGCAGAAGGAGCGUCAGAUGGUGAAGCAGGUGCGGAUGGAGAAGCGGAUGGAGGAGUGUGUGCUGCUGCAGCCUGACCUGACGGAGGCCGUGUUCAACACCCCGGCGGAGCCCAAAGCCCCACGGCCGGAGGCCCCGGGGCCCCAGAAGAAGAAGAAGAAACGGCUGACGGAGCUGAAGAAGAAGACCCUGAUGAAGAAGAAGGGCCUGAGUGUGUGAAUCUGCACGAGUGUGUGUGUGUGUUCAUGAUCAUCAUGGUGUGUUAAUAAAGAUGUUUUAUUAAUGUU